AUGCUAUACAUGAUAGCAACGACUACUACUUUACAAUACAAAGAAGUUACUAAUGACUUUAAAGCGAACUGGCUGUGUCCUGAAUGCAAUCGUCCCAGAGCCGGCUUAGAUAACUCAAACACACCUGUUCGAGCAGCAUCCACUCUUUCCAACGAUAAACAUGACUCCUCCUUGAAUGUGACAGUUAGAAAUAAACAGAAACUUACUAAGGCAUCCGACACCGACUCCUCGUUAACAUCCGCCGAUGUUCGACAAAUCAUUAGGGAAGAGUUAAACACAAUUUUCGGUGCAUUUCAAUCAAAAAUAGAAACUCAACUUAGUAAUAAAAUAUCCGAAAUAUUGAGCCAGAUUACCCAAGUCACAGAAUCUAUAUCAUUUAUGGAAAAAGAAUAUGAGGAAGUGAGACGGGAGAUGCAACAAGAAAUAGAAAUAAUCAAUCAGUUGGAAUCGGAAAACAAGAAUUUACGCAGCUACAUCCAAGAAGUUGAUUCGAGGAUGUCUCAAAUAGAAAGGCACUCCCGGGCGAGCAAUGCCAAUGCUACUGUUCGUCACGCUCCACUACACGCCAUAUUUCGUCUAAGUAUUUCUUUGUUUCCUGUUUUGCUUAAACCUUUGCCGGCCGAUAUUUGCAUACUUAUGGUUGGGGAGGCAAUAAUAGAGCAUUUACCUACUUUGUUAUUG